AGGGCGGAAUUCCCUGUUUUAAGGUCAAGGGGAUAUCCCACGCACAUGUUCGUUUCAAAAUGUCAAAAUAAUAAUGUUCACUUGAUAACAAUUUAAUUUAUUUGAUUCAGAGCAUUUAAUCAUGGCGACGGCUCGUCUGUUAUUUCAUUCAAGCUAUCUGUGUAGACCAUUGACUCGUCAGUUAGAUAAAUGUAUAUUUAAUCAUGGUGGUAGAUAUAUGUCAUCUUUAUCUGUUGACAACAAAGAAAAUCAUUUAUUAAGACAUUUAGAAUCACGUAUUAAAGCAAGUGGACCUCUCACAGUUGCUGAAUAUAUGAAAGAAGUUUUAACAAAUCCAGUAUCUGGUUAUUAUAUGAAUCGUGAUGUAUUUGGAGCUAAAGGAGAUUUUAUAACUAGUCCAGAAAUAAGCCAGAUGUUUGGUGAAUUGAUAGGGAUAUGGUGUGUUAAUGAAUGGAUACAAGGAGGAUCCGAGGGUGAAUUACAAGUGGUGGAGUUAGGACCAGGACGAGGAACAUUAGCUGAUGAUAUGUGCAGAGUUUUUUCUAGGUUCAGCCAAUUAAAAAGUAAAGUUUCUCUUCACCUGGUGGAAGUCAGUCCCACAUUAAGUGGUAUUCAAGCAGCCAAGAUUUCAGGAGAGAAGAAUCAGGAUGAAGUCAAACUAGAAUUAAGUGGUACCCCGCACUAUUAUACAACAAAAUCCAAAUAUGGACAACCAGUAUUCUGGUACCAAAGUUUACUGGAUGUGCCAAAAGCCAAAAUGUGUUAUAUAGCUCAUGAAUUCUUUGAUGCUUUACCUAUUCACAAAUUCCAGAAAACCGAAAAGGGCUGGCAAGAAAUAUUAGUGGACUUAGCUCAUGGUCGAAAUGCAGAUAAUAAACUGUGUUUUGUUUUAGCUGGUGGAAAGACUGCUGGUUUAUCUUUUCUUCAGCCAGACUCCAAUGAUAAGAGAGAUCAUAUAGAAGUAUGUCCUGAAGCUGGUGUAAUAGUACAAGAUUUAUCUCUACGUGUGAAGGAAUAUGGUGGAGGAAUCUUAAUCGGAGAUUACGGACACGAUGGUGAUAAAACAGAUACAUUUAGGGGUUUUAAGAAUCAUGAGUUACAUGAUGUUUUAGUGGAACCAGGAACAGCAGAUAUAACAGCUGACGUUGAUUUCAGUUAUCUUAAACGAAUGGUUCAACCUGUAGGAGUGAUAACACAUGGUCCCAAAGAACAAGGAAAGUUUUUACACAAUAUGGGUAUUGGAAUUCGUUUACAGGCCCUUCUACAAAAUGCUAAUGCUGGAGAAUGGAAAGACAUGCUCUCAGGCUAUGAUAUGCUGGUUAAUCCUAAAAAAAUGGGUGAAAGGUUUAAGUUUCUAGGUAUUACUUCUGAUGAUAAAAAGAACUAUACACCAGCUGGUUUUGAGAAUAUUCCAGAACCAGAUAAUUCUGAUAAGAAUAAUGUGUCGUAGCGAAAAUUUUUAUAGGUUUUUUUGUAAUAAAUUAUUUUAGA